CUCUCUCUCUCUCUCUCUCUCUCUGAUGAUGUAAAACCCUCCUUCUCCAUCAAAUCCAUCCCAAAAUCUUCAAAUCCUUCAAGUCUCUAAUGGCUGCUUCUCGCCUCUCUCUGCUGGCUCUGGUUGCUCUGACCCACAUUGCUCUGCUUUCCACUCUCUGCUCCGCCGCCGACCCUUACGUGUUCUACGAUUUCAAGGUGUCCUACAUCACUGCUUCACCUCUCGGAGUCCCUCAGAGGGUUAUUGCGAUUAACGGGAAGUUUCCAGGUGAUCCUAUCAAUGCUACUACGAACAACAAUGUUGUUGUUAAUGUGCAUAAUGGGCUCGACGAAGACCUCCUUAUGACUUGGUCUGGAAUCCAGAUGAGGCGCAAUUCAUGGCAGGAUGGUGUUCUUGGUACGAAUUGCCCAAUCCCGAAAACGUGGAACUGGACUUAUAACUUCCAAGUUAAGGAUCAGAUUGGGAGCUUCUUCUACUUCCCGUCUCUGAAUUUUCAGAGGGCUGCUGGUGGCUUUGGCUCUUUUCAUCUCAAUAAUAGGGAGGUCAUUGAUAUUCCCUUUGCUAAGCCUGAUGGGGAUAUUUUCAUCAUGAUUGGUGACUGGUAUACCCGUAACCAUACGGCAUUGAGGAUGGCUCUUGAUGCUGGAAAAGACCUUGGGAUGCCAGAUGGAGUUCUCAUCAAUGGGAAGGGGCCUUAUCAAUACAACAAGACCCUAGUACCUGAUGGGAUUCAGUACGAAACCAUCAAUGUUGAACCAGGGAAAACUUAUCGACUCCGUGUGCACAAUGUUGGUGUUUCAACUAGUUUGAACUUUAGGAUUCAGAAUCACAAUCUGCUUCUAGCUGAAACAGAGGGGCAUUAUACAAUCCAGCAGAACUAUACCAACUUUGAUAUCCAUGUUGGACAGUCGUAUUCUUUUCUUGUUACCAUGGAUCAAAAUGCCAGUAGUGAUUACUACAUUGUGGCAAGUGCAAGGUUUGUGAACGAAUCAAUUUGGCAGCGGGUUACAGGUGUUGCUGUCUUACACUAUUCAAACUCUAAAGGACCAGUCAGUGGUCCUCUUCCUGAUGCUCCCAAGGAUGCUUUUGACCCACAGUGGUCGAUGAACCAGGCACUGACUGUCAGGCAAAACGGAUCUGCAAGUGGAGCUCGCCCUAAUCCUCAGGGAUCAUUUCACUAUGGUCAAAUUAACAUCACUGAUACAUAUGUGUUAAAAAUUGUGCCACCAGUCACGAUUGACGGGAAACUGCAAGCAACGAUAAAUGGCAUCUCUUUUGUCAAUCCUCAGACACCAAUCAGGCUUGCUGAUCAGCAUAAAAUUAAAGGAGCUUAUAAGCUUGAUUUCCCCAACAUGUCACUCAGUAGGCUUCCUCGAAGAGACAUGUCUGUUAUUAAUGCUACGUAUAAGGGUUUUAUUGAAAUUGUUUUCCAGAACAAUGACACCACAGUGCAGACUUUUCAUUUGGAUGGAUAUUCCUUUUUCGUAGUUGGGAUGGGUUAUGGUAAUUGGACAGUAGAUAGUAAAAACAACUACAACAAGUGGGAUGCAAUCUCUCGCUGCACUACACAGGUCUUCCCUGGGGCAUGGACUGCAGUGCUUAUCUCACUUGACAAUCCUGGAGCAUGGAAUCUUAGAUCACAAAACCUUGAUAGAUGGUAUCUGGGACAAGAGACAUAUUUGAGAAUUGUCAAUCCUGAGGAGAAUGGUGAAACAGAGUUUACUGCGCCCGACAAUGUACUGUAUUGUGGUGCCUUAGCCAACUUACAGAAGCAACAGAAAACAUCGUCUGCAUCAUCAAUUUCCAGUGAAACUUUCAAGCUGUUCUUCUCUCUGCUGAUGGCUUUCUUCACAUUGGUCUGCACUUUUAGGUGAUAAAUGAUAGCAGUUCUAUGCGUCCGAGCAGUAGCAGCUUGCCUUUUCCAACUCUGUUGCUGGUGAUUGCAAUACAUAUUGUAGUUUAGGUGUGCCCAUUGAGUCAUGGGUACUACCAUUUUCAUUUUUCCAUUGGGUGUUUUUAGUGACAUUUGCUUCAUUUUUUAAUUACUUUCAAUACCCCAUAGUUCAUACUAAAGUGUAGUCUAGGUCAUUCUCAAUCCAUCAUCAUUCUUUGUGCGUCUCAACUCUUGGUUCUGUGUACUGGUGAAUGAUUAACCCAUUUUCAAUACCAUUUGACAUCCUUUAACCCUUCUU